CUGCUGCCAGCUGCCGCAUAGACAGACGAGGGAUAUUAACCGGUAGACAAUACUCUAUUUAUAGAACAAAUAUCAUUUAAGAGAUCAUGGGAAGAAUUUUAAAUACACAUUUCGAGAAUAACACCAUCUAAAAUCUCCUGUUUUGUGGUCCGUAAAGGUAGUGAGAAGGCUAGUUUACCUAACGUUAGAUAGGUGAGUUAGCUGGCUAGCUAACUGCUCUCAACGAAAGAGAUGGGGACAAGAGCUAGUCGUUUACAAGAGGACCCAGUGCCUUCGACUUUCGGGAAAGAUGGCAUCACCCGGGAUUCCUAUCGACGACCCCGGUGCAAUAGGCCCACCAGUAUUAUGGUAGACUUUUUGGGGAGUUUUGACGAUUCAGAGACCAACCAUAGCCGAUCGGAGGAGGGCAGCGAUUCGGACAUGGGGCAACAGGCGAGCACCGGUGGAAGCCCCGUCGACCACAAGAGCCACCCGUCCAUCAGCCCAUCAUCACCAGCAGAAGACAACAGCGAAUGCAAACGCGAGGAAGACUGCAAUAGCAGUCCUGCGGGUGCUGUAAACGGGGAACAUCUGCCUGGAGAGGAGACAGGCCAAGUGCCUCACCGCACUUUCUCUGAACGUUUACCCGGUAAUCGACACUCUUCUGGGCGCAACGUCAGCGCAAGAUCCGCACGGAUGAGAGGCAUCCAUCAGCGCCCAGUGUCGGAGGCUUGGAUUGGCCUCUACCGUGUCAACAACCGACAUGGCAAUAUCCGCUGUCCGUUCUGCUCCAAGCCUUUCUCGGGUGGCAGAAUUGAGGAUCACCUGUUGAGCUGUCUCACAUCUCCCCCUCUCCCUUACAACAUGGACGUGCUGAGUAAGGACAGCGGUGAGUGUUCCAUCUGUCUGGACGAGCUGCAGCAGGGAGAGACCAUCGCCCGGCUGGCCUGCCUUUGUGUCUACCACAAGAGCUGUAUUGACUCCUGGGCGAAGGUGAAGACCUGCUGUCCUGAACACCCUUUUGAUUGACUCAUGGGUCACAUGUCCUGCUGAGUGACACACCUGACUCAGAUUUUUACCCCACAGGAGACUGCAAUGUAUCUACAAUUGCAGAAAAUAUACUACGACAAUGAUUAAUACCAGCGGCAAGCCUCCUAAUAACAACACAACCCCACAAAGAUUCGACCAAUGACCACUUUACCAUCUUGGACCUGGUUUAGUCCAUUUGAACUCAACGCAGACCACUAUAAUCACCCCUGGAAUAGAUGGCACCUCUCCUCUGUCAAUGUAGCCGAAACUAUAGCCUAAACUGCUGGAGGGGAUAUAAUAUCAUACCAGGUUGGCAGUACCCUGAAAGACCUUUGUAACUCAAGGAGAGGAAAAUGUGUUUAUGUGCUCCCUGCAUUCUUCUUACCCUAAUGUGGACUAUCCAUAUGAAAAGGUAAUGUUAUCUUUCCUGAUGCUGCAAAACAAUAUUGUGCAGAGAUUCACGUUACAGUGGAUAAAUGUUUCUGUUCAUAAAAAAACAGCCCAGCUCCGGGAAAAAAUAAAUGAGUUGAUUAUGUGUAAAUAUUGCAAUGUAUUGUUUUUAAAAGCCAUAUGUUGGAGCGCAGGGCUUUAUUUUGUGGGUGGGGUUGUUAUUGUGAUUGUAGGUGUUUUUCUGUUGUCACCAUGACACAUUUCAGGAGAAGGAUGGUGGGUGUGAGUUGAUUGAUAGUUUGGUCAGUUUAGGUCAGUUUGUUUGGUUGGUGCUGACACCACUGUAUUAGGUCCUUUACUGCAGCGGUAGCAGGUUGUUGAUAUUUCCAUAUGGUUGUUUGUGUGUGUGUGCGAUGGCGGUGUGGACGAAUGGGGCCAGCUAAUGUUGGGAUGACACCGCCUGACUGGACCGCAGAAGUAAACUGCAGUCCUCUCACUGGCUGUAUACAUGAGAGGUGUGUGUGCUUAGUGCCCUGGGUGAAAGCGAUAGUUUUAAUCAUUGUGAUACUUUGUUCCUAAAAGUAUCUGUGUGAUUAAAAACAUUCUGCUACUUUGACAUGGCCUCCCUCUGUGAGACCCACCUCGCCUGUUGUGCUGAAGGCAUGUGGUGGUGUUUGUGGGUCUUCAUGUCCCCCUGCCUCUCAAGGGUGUUGUCCGGAUUGUUGGACCAGGCCAUGUGCGCUAGUCUGGCCAUCUGGCUCCCUGCAUUCAUGUCUGAAUGGGAGGGAUGAUGUAUUUAAUGGCAUGAUUACUCCAUAAGGCCUUGCCUAUCCCAUGAUUCCUGUCGCUGGAAGCAAAGAACAGCUGAUGGGGUGAUUCUUAUAUUACCCCACCCCCCUUUCCUCAUAAGAGGAUUUAUAGACAUUGUAUUAUUCCAGUUAUUAUUAUUACUACUAAAUGUGCUAAGCAGAUACAUUUGCCUGUGUUUUGGUUGCCUUUGCCUGGUGAGAUUUGUCUGUCCAGGCUCCUCUGGUGUAGUGUACUCUGGGGAUCAGUGGUGAUGCUACAGUGAUGCUACCAGCAUGAGGAUCAGCACUGUUCAGCAUUCCUAUUGGAUGAUAUCCCCGAGUUCUUGCCCCACAUCUUGCAUUCUGAACUGAAGUGCUACGACCUUUCCUGCCCCUAGAUGGCAGCCCGGUGCAUUUUACUCUUUCGUCCCCAAAAAAUAAGAAAGAACUAUUCCGCCAAAAGUAUGUAUGCAUGUCUGUACAUGAAACAGUGGUAGGGGAUGUGUGUGAAAAAGAGAGAAAUUGAUCAUUAGACAUAAAUGUUACAAUAUUUGUGGUGAUGAUGAAUAAUGAUGUUGUGUACUUUUGAGGAGGGAGCGGAGGGGGUUGCCAGUGAAAAUAUAUCUGAAGCCCCAAAUGUUCCUUUACUUUACUACUCUUCCCUUUUAGCUGUGUGGUGCAAUACCUCCAUUUUUACAUAUGUUAUUACUCGGCAGCAUAGCUUUUCUCCAAGAACGAUAAUUGAUAUAUUCAAUGAUAAUGUUUUUAAGGUCACCAUGGUGAUAUCUGCAUCCCAAGAUAUGGACAAUCUGCCUUCUCUGGUAUAACAGAACAAUCUGUUUAUUUAUUAAAGUGUACAUAUGUAUUGCAAUUCAAAAUGGCUUGGUCUUUGUCUGUUCAUUAUACUGUUUCUAAGCUCCAAUCUUUUGUAUGUCUCAAAGUUGUUUUUAUAUGUAUUUUUAUAUGUAUUUUGUAUGUAAUAAAUAUACUUGUGUGAGCCA